AUGGAUGAAGAUCCAACAACUCCCAACUCUCCUCAUAGUGUGAGCUGGUUCUCCGAACGAACCCUCUCAAUUUCUACAUCAACCACAACCCUAGUUGACCCUCUAAGUCCAACGAGCACCUCCAGCAUAACACCUCUAGACCUCACCGAUUCCCCGAUCCCAAUUGAAUACCGCACAAUCACCUUCCGCGAAAGCCCCAACUUCCAUCCUAAUUUCCUACCUCUCCUCCGCCACCUCGCCGCUCAACUCUGGCCCCUCGUCAACUGUGAAACAGGCCUCCAUCACCCAGACUUUCCACCAAAUAUGCUAGCCUACAACCUGUUGACCUCGGAGCAGGUCGAUAAUCUCGCCCGCCAUUUCCAUCAGGUUUAUCCACCUAUCCCGGCUACAUUUGACUAUCCUAUUCAUAUUACCCCGUGGAUUGGCACCCCAGAGGAAAAGACCCUUGAUCUUCCUACGAGGCUAAAAAGGUUGGGGCGGUUUUUUGGAUUGAGGGGGUGUGAGGAGCGGGAAGAGGUGGAUAUGAAUGAAGAUCAUGUUGAUCAUGAGAAUGUGGAUAUGACUGAGAGUGAAGCUGAGGUAUUACGACAGAUGGAAUUGGAGUGGCAGCAGGCAUUGCAGAGAGCAUAUGCUGAGGAAUCGCAUCGAUGGAACUUGAAGUGA